CGGAUUUGACAGUUGCGUUUUGGCCAGUUUGUCAAUCAACACGCAAUUCCACACGUGGGAUUGUUUUCUUGGAUUUAUCGUGCGGAAAACGUGGUGAAAAGUGUAAAGAAAUGGGUAGAAAAGUGUCCUUUAGGGACAAGGAACCAUCUGGACCUGGAAGGAAAGCCAGGAAGCAAGGUGAUCCUAAAUUUUCAAAGGAAUUUAUGGGAGCCUCCGAUGGGCCCAAGAAGCUGUCGCACAAACAGAAGAAGAGGGCUGCUAAGCGUGUCCAGAAGGAGCAAAAGUUCCUGGGGAAAAAGGAAAAGGUAAAGGCACAAUUGAAAGAGAAGAAAAUGCAACUUUUGGAGGAUUCUUCAGAUGAAGAGCCCUCGGAGAUGGCUAAUGGGUUUAAAAAAGGGAAGAUGAGGCAGAAUUUUGUAUCACUAAAGCCAGCAGCCUCGGAUUCUGAGUUAGACAGCGAGAUGGAUGAAGAUAUGGAUGAGGAUGCGGUAAAAAUUGGGAAUUUGGAUGAUGUUUCUGAGGAUUCUGGGUCUGAGGAGAGGGAUGAUUUUGACGGGGAUGACGAUGGGGAUUUACUGCCAUUUGAGAAGGCGAGUAAGAAGUUAAAAGAGAAAGCGAGGGAGGACAAAAAGCUGGCUGAGGAAGAAUUAAAGCUGAAUAUUGCUGAUCAGGAGGAGUUCAAACUUCCUGAAGAGGGCGAUGAGGAAGGACCAAAGUCUCUGGAUGAAGUUCAGCAGAGAAUAAGGGAGAUUAUGAGGGUAUUGGCAGACUUCAAGGCUCACAGGCAAGAGGGAAAAUCCCGGCAGGAUUACAUGGAUGUCCUGCGGAAGGAUCUCUGCCUGUAUUACAGCUACAAUGACUUCCUGAUGUCCACGCUCAUGAACAUCUUUCCCCUGGGCGAAUUGGUUGAAUUCCUGGAGGCUUCUGAGACAGAACGUCCUCUGACCAUCCGGACAAAUAAUUUAAAGACCCGGAGAAGGGAUUUGGCUACCAAAUUGAUUGAUCGUGGGGUUAAUCUUGAUCCCAUUGGACCAUGGUCAAAGGUCGGUUUGGUCAUUUACUCAGCCCAGGUGCCACUAGGUGCGACUCCAGAGUAUCUAGCUGGACACUAUACCAUUCAAGGGGCAUCGAGUAUGCUGCCAGUGAUGGCUUUGGCGCCUCAGGAGAACGAAAGAAUCCUGGACAUGUGUGCUGCUCCGGGCGGAAAGAGCUCUCACAUUGCUUCCCUGAUGAAGAAUACAGGAGUUCUCGUGUCAAAUGAUGCCAACAGCGAAAGGAUAAAGGCAGUCAUUGGGAACUUCCAUCGUUUGGGAGUGGUAAAUGCGAUCGUGAGCUGCGAGGAUGGAGUGAAAUUUCCCAAGAUCAUGGCGGGAUUUGACAGGGUAUUGCUGGAUGCUCCGUGUACAGGAACUGGUGUUAUUGCCAAGGAUGCUAGCGUGAAGGCUUCAAAGUCUCAGGUUGAUGUUCAGAGGUGCUACAAUCUUCAGCGGAAGCUCAUUCUCAGCGCCAUUGACUGCCUCAGUGCUAAAUCUCCAUCCGGAGGAUACCUUGUCUAUUCCACAUGUUCAAUCCUGCCCGAAGAAAACGAAUGGGUGAUUGAUUAUGCCCUGAAGAAGAGAAAUGUCAAAUUAGUGCCCACAGGGUUGGACUUUGGAGUUGAAGGAUUCGUCAAUUAUCGGCAACACCGAUUCCAUCCAUCGCUCAAUCUCACCAGACGAUACUAUCCACAUACGCACAAUAUGGAUGGAUUCUUCGUGGCGAAACUGAAGAAAUUCUCAGACACUCUGCCACCUGGCUCAGAGCCCAAUGACAAUGACGAAGAACCAUUUGAAAAUACCCUUUCCAAGGAGGACAAGAAGGAACUAGAACGACAGACGAAAAUUGAGAAUUUCUCUGGGAAACAGCCGAAGAAAGUCAAAAAGGACAAAAAGCACAUCAUCAAGGACUUCAGUAAGCAAAUUAAUGGGAAGAAACCAGCUCAGAAACCCGUUCAGGAAAAGAAUAAUCCUGAUACUCCCAAGGCUGCGACAACAGAAAUCAAGAAAUCCAGCAAUGCCCAAGAUAAAGUGCACCAGAAAGUUGGGAAGACAUUGAAGAAGAUUAAACAGAAGAACAGAGCCUUCAUUAAGAGAGAACAAAUGAAGAGUAUCAAGAAAAAAGGACCCAUCAAGGAGAAAGGCAGAAACAAGAAAUUUUAGGAUUCAUGUUUUAAAGUAAAACAAAUUAUUUUUUGACUUAAUAAAUUGUUAAACUACGAA